UUUCUAUUAAAUUGCAAACUAGUGAAGUGCUAUUCGUAUAGUUGCAAGUUUUGUCUUUUGUGUUAAUUGUAUUAUUAUUUGUGCAAAUAAAGCUAUGAAAUUAAAUACUGAAUUAAACAAUUCGGUCAGCGAGGACGAAAUGGAUGAUGAUGAAAUGGCAGCUGAGGAGUCCCAGGAGGAACCUGACGCCAACUCUCAGGAGGAGGACGAGGAAGAAGAUGACGAAGGCGAUGAACUUGAAGAUGAUGAAGAUGAACCACCAGAUGUCAUUAACAAAUCAUUGGGUGGUGGUAAUAAGCCAAUCGUUUUGAAGAAACCCAAAACCAGUGGUUCUGAAACCAAAACUCCUGGUGCUGGCGGUGCAUUGAAGAAGAAAUCAACUCCGAAAAUAGCUAAUCUUGUGGAUGAUGCUAUAAAAUAUCUUAAGGAGAGAUCGGGCUCUUCGGUCGUGGCCAUUAGACGUGUUAUCGUAACCAAUCACCCCAGUAUGGAGCACAAACGUUUAAACCUCCAUAUCAAGCGUUAUUUGAAGACAUGCGUUGAUAACGGUACCAUGGAACAAGUAAAACUUUCCUUCAGAUUUACCAAAAAAUACCAAACCGAAAAGAAACGUUUGGAAAAGGAACGUGAAAAGAAGAUGAAGGAGAAGAACAAACAGAAGGAAAAAGAUGCGAAGAAAGCCAAAAAAUCCAACAACAAAGAGAACAAUGCAAAGGCUAAAACAGCAAAAAGUGAUGAUGGCAAGACCAAAAAACGUCCAGCUGCUAAAGAAGGUAAGGAUAAGCCAGCCAAAAAAGCCAAAGUUGAUAAAGCCGGAGCGAAAAAACCUGGCGCUAAGGCAAAGGCUGCAGGAGGAGCCAAGGCAAAGGCUGGUGAUGAUAAAUCCAAAACCAAAAUGAAACCACGCAAAUCAAUAAAUCUCUUGGUGAAGCCUACACCACCACGUCCAAAGACAAUGAAAAAUGCUGCUGCCGCGGCUAAAAAGAAGAAAGCAGCUGCAACUGUCGCCGCUGCAACAAAAACUGCUGUGAAUGCUGCUGCAGCUGGCGGAAGUACCGCUGCUACCGCAAAGGCCAAAGGACGCAAAUAAAUUUAUAUCUACCUAUUUUAUAAUAAGGUUUUAUUUAUGAAAUUGUGAUUUUUAGUUUUAAAUGUUUUAAAAUUCAUUAUUAUAUUUAUUGAAGUGUGUUUUUAGUUUUAAAUA